UGGGCGGCUCCCCGUCCCGUCCCUCUCUCCCCUCUCUCCCCCCUCUGCUCCCUGUGCUCCCCCUCUGCAGAAACCUGACACGUGGCUGUUGUAGGGGGGGCCGUGGUGACCGACAGUGACUCCUCACUGUGCAGCAGCCUGCGGAUCCCUGCCCUCCGCAGCUGGGGGAGUCUGGAGAAAGUCAGCGGCGCAACCCUGCGUUCCUCACGCCGGCCUGGAUGGCAGGGACACCCUGGAGCAAAGCCUGCAGACCCCACAAGCAUUACUGGUUGCAAGUGCUUUCUGGACCGUGGGACGGAUGAGAGGUGGAAGCUGUAGGAAGCCCAGCUGGGCUGUAGCUGCUUUGUUUAUCCCGGUUACCCUGCUGAUGCUGACCUCCAAGUGGGCAUCAGGCAGCCAAAAGAUGACACAAACAGCUAUGACACAUGCAACAGCCUCAGCUGCAGGACCGGGCCCCAGCCUGACAGAUUACCUCCAAGCAGACAUCUUAUCCAGCGAACAUCUUCAUGUUUGGCUCUUGUCCCUGGUGGGCUCUGUUGCUGUUGGCCUCAGUGGGAUUUUCCCCCUUCUUGUCAUUCCCAUUGAAGCUGGAGCAGCCCUCAAAACAGAAGCUGGUGGCCAGAGGCUGAAGCAGCUCCUCAGCUUUGCUAUUGGUGGUCUUCUUGGUGAUGUAUUCCUUCACCUCCUCCCUGAGGCAUGGGAGCUCUCAUGCUCUUCAGCUGGUAAACACAACCACUACAUGACCCAGGGCUUGUGGGUAAUCGCUGGCCUGUUGGCCUUCCUCCUCCUGGAGAAGAUGUUCCCAAACCAAAACAGACACGAAGACCCCAUGUCAAAUUCAGACCUGAAUUCUAACUCUGCUUCGCAGUCUAUUUCAGCUUUCAGUGGAAAGGCAGCGGCAUCACUCAAAAAUGGGCACCAUGCUGAGUCAUGGAAAUCCUCCAAGCAGCAGAGUCUGCAGGAAAGAUCAGAGAAAAUCAAGAUAAGUGGAUACCUAAACCUACUGGCCAACUGCAUUGACAACUUCACCCAUGGACUGGCAGUAGCAGGAAGUUUCCUUGUUAGCAAAAAGGUUGGAUUCCUCACCACCUUUGCUAUCCUGCUCCAUGAAAUCCCCCACGAGGUGGGAGACUUUGCCAUUCUGCUGAGGGCCGGGUUUGACCGGUGGAGUGCCGCUCGCAUGCAGCUGUACACGGCUCUGGUUGGUGUCUUGGGAGCUUGCUUUGCUCUGUGCGCUCAGUCACCAAAAGGCACAGAAAAUGCCACUGCCUGGAUAUUGCCUUUCACCUCUGGAGGCUUCCUCUACAUAGCCUUGGUGAAUGUGGUGCCUGACCUGCUAGCGGAGUCCAAUUUAAGGCAGUCUCUGCUGCAGAUCCUGCUCAUUUUCUGUGGUGUGGCUGUCAUGGCUGUGCUCUCUGCCGUUGUUAAUUGAACAUGGAGAAAACCCCUCUCUCGCCUUAACCAAACACUAAAACUCAGUAUUCUCCACCAACCACUUAUAUCUGUUACCUCUCUUUCCUGGAAACCUUUACAUCACUUUACACAAAAACAGAUGCCUGACAGAACAACGUCAUUUUAUGGAUGUAAGACCUUCUUGAUCUGCUGACAAGACAUUUUAUCAGACACUUUAAAAAUGUGCCAAACUAAAACAUCAGUGGAAUUAAGAGGUUUUGUAUGGAUCUUUGUUACCAAAUUGUCUUAUAUUGUUGAUCAGACAAUCAUGUUGUUUUGCACAUACAUUUACACAGGUACACCUGGUGUACCAGCUCAUCAGAGUAGGUGUUACCCUUCUUUAAAAUGUAUUCAACCAUAAAUUGUUAAACAUUGUAUAUAUUGUUAUUUUUCUGAUGUAGCUGCUGUGUAUUUAUUGAAAAUUAGACAAGCAACCUAUAGUUUUAUUAGACGUGCAUCACCACAACUCAAACUUUUUUUCUUGUUAAUAUGUAAGUGCCAAGAAGUCAGGAUGGUCUGCUACACCAGUGUACACCAAAGUAAAAAAAAUAAUAAAAUCUGUUUUGUAUCUUCUUAUUACAGUUCAAUCUGCACCUUUUGAUCUCUGCUUGAAUAAAUAAUUAUGAGUGA